AUGGUGGUCGUGGUGGUGGUCGAUGUUGUGGUCGUAGUGGUAGCCGUGAUGGUUGUCGAUGUUGUGGUCGUGAUGGUGGUCGUGAAGGUAGUCGCGAUGGUUGUCGAUAUUGUGGUCGUUGUGGUAUCCGUGAUAGUUGUCGAUGUUGUGGUCGUGGUGAUAGCCGUGAUGGUUGUCGUGGUGGUGGUCGUGGUGGUGGUCGUGAUGGUGGUCGUGAUCGUUGUCGAUGUUGUGGUCGUAGUGGUAGCCGUGAUGGGUGUAAAUGUUGUGGUCGUGCUGGUGGUCCUGAUGGUUGUCGAUGUUGUGGUCGUCGUGGUGGUCGUGAUGGUUGUCGUGAUGGUGGUCGUGAUGUUGGUCGUUAUGGUGGUCGUGGUGGUGGCCGUAAUGGUUGUCAUGAUGGUUGUCGUGAUGGUUGUCGUGAUGGUGGUCGUGGUUGUCGUGAUGGUGGUCGUGAUGGUCUUCGUGAUGGUUGUCGUGAUGGUGGUCGUGAUGGUGGUCGUGAUGGUGGUCGUGUUGGUGGUCGUGAUGGUGGUCGUGAUGGUUGUCGUGAUGGUGGUCGUGGUGGUGGUCGUUAUGGUUGUCGUGAUGCUGGUCGUGAUGGUGGUCGUGAUGGUGGUCGUGAUGGUUGUCGUGGUUGGGGUCGUGAUGGUGGUCUUGAUGGUGGUCGUGAUGGUGGUCGUGAUGGUUGACGAUGUUGUGGUCGUGGUGGUGGUUGUGAUGGUGGUCGUGGUGGUGGUCGUGAUGGUUGUCGAUGUUGUAGUCGUGGUGGUUGUCGUGAUGGUUGGCGUGGUUGUGGUUGUGAUGGUGGUCGUGAUAGUUGUCGAUGUUGUGGUCGUGGUGGUGGUGAUGUGCAACAACAAUAAGGACAUGUGGCAAAAAUCAGACUUGAUGUAG